AUGCCAAAGGAUUUACCCGCCAAGCGCUGGCGGAAGCGCGCUGGUUUACAAACUUCGAAAGCAGCGAUUAGCUCAGGAGAGGAAAAGGAGAACAAACCUCCCUCCGACGAAGCGGCCAAGGUUAGGGAAGGCAGAGCCACCCUCCCGAGGAAAACCCAGCGGCUGCCGCCUCGCGACUCACCCCGGGAAGAGCCAGGCAGGACCGAGUCGGUGGCGGCGGGCAGAAGAGCAUCUCCGCUGCAGCUGACCGGGCUCCAGGCUCAGCCCCGCUUCUCCGCCAGCCCCCCUCCCGCUCGCCGCCCGGAGCCACUCCCGGGAGACUCCUCCCUGAGCAGGAAGGGCGGUGGGACGGCCGAGCCCUCUCAAGGAGCAGGUAGUUUCUUCACGCGUGGAGGAGACGCAAACUUUCCGCCGCCCACCCCGUCGGCGGACACCGGGGCGGCGCUGACCCUUCGCCGCCCCCCCGAGGGACGCCCCCCGACAGCAGCAGCAGCGGCGCCCAAAGAGGGGGGGAUCAGUGGGCUCCCAACGAGCCUCGCCCUCAGAGGGGAGCUGAGCCCUGCCCGUGCGUGGACGGGGCGGGGGGCGAAGCCCACCCCUCGUCGCCCACCUCGGCACCGGCGGGUCUCCGGCGGGGGCGAUGCGCCGUGUCGCUCCCCCCAGGCCGGGCGGCAGCUCCUUUGUGCCAGCCGUCCCGGUGCUUCCCCCUUAGAAAAACUUUCUCCGCCGCUCCCCGGUUCUCCCCCCGGGAGGAAGAGGGGGGGGACAGACAGCAGGCGAGAGGACCAAGGAGCGGCAGGGGAAGGGCGGAGGGCGAGGAGCGGGGCUUGCCCCGCGGAGGAGCGGCUGACAGAGACUUCGGCCCGCGGGAGAGACGAGAAGAGAGGAGAGGAGAGGCUGGCAGCACCCCGGGGAAGGGGGCGGGGAUGGACCCUGCCCCGGAGCCACCCUUCUCCCCCAAGCGGCGCCCGGGCAGCCCCUGCCGGCGGUGGAGGGGGCCGGGAGAUGGAGGCCAGCGGCGAGGGGAGCCCGCGGCCUCAGCCCAUGCUCGCGAACAAAGCCCUCGGCAGCACCAGGGGAAAACCGAAGUUUCCUGGGUUGUCGGCCUCUUCCCCCCACCCCAGCACGCAGCCCCAGCCCGACAAUUAAUAACGCUAAUAAUAAAUAAAACCGAGGCACGCCGCCGAAGCCCAACUACCCCGCACCGAUGAGAUGUGCGCGGGGUUACGCCUCUGCGCGGAGCGCCUGCACCGUGCCUCUAACAAAGAGCCCACCUCCCCCCGGCCCCCCACAGCCCCCCGGCCGGCGAGCAGGGCUCGGGGCUGGCAGCCGGGGUAUGCGGAGGGGAGUCCGGGCACCGCGCAUGCAAGCCGUGCCAGCGGGGCCGGGACGGACGCUAGCACGGCGGCUCUCCUCCUCCUCCCCUCGGCGUCGCGAUCGCUGCCGAGGCAGAAGGCAGCCGCCGGCCUCGCACCCCGCACUGCUCCCGGGGCGAGCCCUGAGCCUUCCUCUCCCCGCGACCCCAAAACGUCGGAUACGGACGCGGACAGGGGAGUACUGUACCUUGUCGGUGCAUGUAUCUAGGCAGCUAGAGGACAGAACUAGCUGAUGUAGUGUCCCAUUUAGUAAUCCAUUUAAGGGGAUCUCUCUGGGAAACUGGAGCCACUCUCUCCUUUGCAAUCCUUUGUCAUUACUACAUGUGUGCUUCGCGGGGGACGGGCGGAGUAUUUAGUAUUUCUACUUUCUGAAUUGCAAAUGCAAUUUGUUCAUUUCCAAUGAUGGGCGAAAAGAGGGGAGAGAACGGGGAAAAAUAAUAAUAAUAAUAAUAA